GUAUCUUGGGAAGUAUCUUUGAUGGUAUCCAACGUCCACUUAAAGAUAUUAAUGAGUUAACUCAAUCGAUUUACAUUCCCAAGGGUGUUAAUAUUCCUGCUCUGUCAAAAACACAGUCCUGGGACUUUGAUCCAAUGAACAUUAGAAUUGGAUCCCAUAUUACUGGAGGAGAUUUGUAUGGCUUAGUUCAUGAGAAUACUCUUGUGAAACACAAGAUGUUGUUGCCACCAAAAGCCAAGGGUACCGUGACAUAUAUGGCAGCUAAGGGCAGAUACACCGUUGAUGAUGUUGUACUUGAAACUGAAUUUGAUGGAGAACGCACAAAGUACACCAUGUUGCAAGUAUGGCCAGUACGUCAGCCCAGACCAGUAACUGAGAAAUUACCCGCAAACCACCCAUUGUUAACUGGACAACGUGUCUUGGAUUCUCUGUUCCCAUGUGUUCAGGGAGGAACCACUGCCAUCCCUGGAGCUUUCGGUUGUGGAAAAACUGUCAUUUCACAAGCUUUGUCCAAAUACUCUAACUCUGAUGUCAUCAUUUAUGUUGGUUGCGGAGAAAGAGGUAAUGAAAUGUCUGAAGUACUUCGUGAUUUCCCUGAAUUGAGUGUUGAAAUCGACGGCGUAACUGAAUCUAUUAUGAAGCGUACUGCUCUUGUCGCAAACACAUCUAACAUGCCUGUCGCCGCUCGUGAAGCUUCCAUUUACACCGGUAUCACCCUCAGUGAAUACUUCCGUGAUAUGGGUUACAACGUAUCUAUGAUGGCUGAUUCCACUUCUCGUUGGGCUGAAGCUUUGAGAGAAAUUUCAGGUCGUUUGGCUGAAAUGCCUGCCGAUUCCGGUUAUCCGGCGUACUUGGGAGCUAGAUUGGCCUCUUUCUACGAACGCGCUGGCCGUGUAAAAUGUUUGGGUAAUCCUGAACGUGAAGGCUCAGUAUCAAUUGUAGGAGCUGUAUCACCACCCGGUGGUGACUUCUCAGAUCCCGUCACUUCAGCUACAUUGGGUAUUGUACAAGUGUUCUGGGGUUUGGAUAAGAAAUUAGCUCAAAGGAAACAUUUCCCUUCAAUCAAUUGGUUGAUUUCAUACAGUAAAUAUAUGCGUGCUUUGGAUGACUUCUAUGACAAAAACUUCGUGGAAUUUGUGCCCCUACGUACAAAGGUAAAGGAAAUUUUGCAAGAAGAAGAAGAUUUAUCAGAAAUUGUACAAUUGGUUGGUAAAGCCUCCUUGGCGGAAACUGACAAGAUCACACUUGAAGUUGCCAAGCUCUUGAAAGACGAUUUCCUACAGCAGAACAGCUACUCAUCAUAUGAUCGUUUCUGCCCCUUCUAUAAAACAGUUGGUAUGUUACGUAACAUUAUUGCUUUCUAUGAUAUGGCAAAAUACGCAGUUGAAUCUACUGCACAAAGUGAAAACAAGAUUACCUGGAAUACCAUUAGAGAUGCUAUGGGCAAUAUUCUAUAUCAGUUGUCCUCAAUGAAGUUCAAGGACCCAGUCAAGGAUGGUGAGGCAAAGAUCAAGAGUGAUUUUGAUCAAUUACAUGAGGAUUUACAGCAAGCAUUCCGCAACUUGGAAGAUUAGAUUAUUGUGAAUAUAAUAUGUACAUAUGGCUUCAUAUUUUACUUAAUUCUUACUAUUGGAAUCUAUUAUUUGUGUAUUUAUCUUUCUAAACUUGAUAUUCAUGUCCAUAUGAUUCAUUUUACUUCCAAAAGUAGAGGACAGCCUUGUACAAAAAUUCAUUACUUUAGCAUUCCAGUACAAAAUGGCAUUAUAUGCAAAUUAUAGGCUGAGCCUUUAUAAAUCUGUGAAUGAACCACACCACUCUAUCUUCUAACCUAAAGUGUAAUUUUGUUUUACAGAAUUUCUUUAAUAGGUAAUAUUUUUAAUUGCAGUGUAUCAUAUUAUAGUUUGUAGGUGUUAUAUUUUAUUUGUAAAUUGUUGUUCAUAUUUCUCAAACGAUUGUUUAUGUAUUACACAGUAUUAAAAUAAACCUUGGAUGCAAUAAUUGUUAUAACAACAUUGUUGUUAGUAAUAAAAUUUUAUCAGUGGAUUAUAAU